AUGUCGCAGAGAGGCGUGCUGACUGGAGCGGGAAAGCUGAGCGUCCUCCGUUUCGCCCUCUGGAGGGUUCAGGAAUCGGAGGCGGCCAUCCCGGUGAAGGACUUCGUACUGGCCAUCUGCAGGGACAUGUGCGAAGCCGCUGUUCAGGCGCUCGAGGAGCGAGCUAAGACCCUACAAGAUGACCUCUCGCCCAACUUACCCCUCAAGAGGACGGACCUGGAGCUACGUGUCAGAACGGCUGAGAACGAGCUCCGGGACCUGUGGAUGUCUCUCGCCCCCCGGGGGCUUCCCCGAGCCCUUGCUGACGUCUUCGAGGAAAAGGUGACGAUAGCGCUGGAGGGCUUCGAAUCCGCCCUGCGCACGCUAAAUGACGCAGCGAUCGAAACCAAAGGCAAGAAGGACCUGGACGCCACCAUCAAUCAGAUGGAGGCCGAAAUGGCCGCCGCUCUCGCCCCGGAAAAGCUCCCUUGGGAUAACGAGAGCCUAGUCGAAACCGGGGAGAAGAUACAUGAGAAAGCUGUGAGCGCUCUUUUCGCGAAGUUUGGAGGGCUGUCCCCAGAAGACGCGACGGAGCUUUACACGACUGUUCGGCGAGACGCUUUCCGGCAGCGCAUGGCGGCGUACGAGACGAAGCACGAGACGGCAAAGGCCAGGGCUGCGUUGGAGUCCGCGGAGAGGAAGGUCGACAGAAGUACGAGCGCCAAGUUCGCGGCGCUCAAGCAGAUGCUCGCGGCGGCGGAGGGCGAGGUCGCCAAAAUCCGCCAGCAGAACGCCGACUGA